GGAACAGGAAUACAUACGGAAACACAUCAAACUAGAAUAAUUGCAGCCACAACAGCAGCAACAAUGGCAUUGGAAACAACAGCUAAUAUAUCAACAACACAAACAAUCAACAAUCUUUUAACAAAUGCAAUCGGUUUUAUACAAUUGAAUUCCAGUAAUAUGGAAGCUCUCGGCAAUGGGAUGACUACACAAAUAUCAACAACGCAACCACCAUCUGUAGACUCGUAUUUGAUUGGCAUGGCCUGGCCAAAGGUUUUCUGUGUAUCGCUAUUUCUGUUGUUGAUAUUGUUGACUGUGGUUGGCAAUACUCUUGUGAUAUUGGCCGUUCUGACAACUCGUCGCUUACGUACGGUUACCAAUUGUUUUGUGAUGAAUCUAGCGAUUACAGAUUGGCUUGUGGGCACGUGCGUUAUGCCACCCGCUGUUAUACUCUAUGUUGUUGGUACAUGGCGAUACGGUUGGAUUUUGUGUGAUAUUUGGAUUUCGCUGGAUAUUCUGCUGUGCACUAGCUCCAUUCUAAGCUUGUGUGCCAUUAGUCUGGACAGAUAUCUAGCAGUUACGCAGCCAUUAACAUAUUCCAAAAAACGUCGCUCCAAACGGUUAGCAUUGAUGAUGAUAUUUAUUGUGUGGGUAACGGCACUAUCAAUCACUUGUCCUCCAUAUUUGGGAUGGUAUGAACCAGGACGACGUCAAGGAGGUGUUGUAGUUUGUCGCUACAAUCAAAACAAAGGAUAUGUGAUCUUUUCCGCAAUGGGUUCAUUUUUCAUUCCACUGGCAGUGAUGCUGUAUGUGUACUUGAAAAUUGGUUAUGUGCUGACAUCACGACGACAGCGCAUUGUACGGGAUGCAAACUCUGAACGAACAGCAGAUCAUGAAAUUGAUUUCGAUAAUUUCUUAUCAGAAUCCGAACAUUUCCAAUGUGCCACACCGAAAUUUCCUUCAUUCAAAAUGCGUUGGACCAGUGGAAGUAAGAAUAACAGUCUCAAAUGUAGCAAAUGCAAUAAGAAUUACAUUACUGAGACUGCUAUGCCUCAUCAAGCUUCAUUUUAUGAAUUAGUUGAGGUCUCUCGUCUCUCAUCGCUUAUACAUUGUUCUGCAGUUAGUUGCAAAUAUGGCGGACCUUGCAUACACACGACACCAGUAGGCGUUGCAGUAAGCGAAAAACGUGCUGCAUCCUUGCCAAUGCAAAAAUUUCAAUAUCUUGAAAAUACUGCUUCAUAUUCUGAGACAUGUCUUACAUCAUUACCAAUGGCACAAGUUGCUAAAAUUAAUCAAGUACGAGGGCAGCAAAACUCACAACAGCAACAUGGGCACAUGCACACCCACCAGCACAACACAUCCCAUCAUCGCAUACCAAUGCGCGUUUCCACUACAAAACGUGACACAAAAACUGCCAAAACAUUGACAAUGGUUAUGGGCGGCUUCAUCGCAUGCUGGUUACCAUUUUUUGUCUAUUAUUUACUCAUACCAUUCCUGCCGCCAGCUGCUGUACUGCAGGGCAUAACGACAUUUCUAACUUGGGUGGGUUGGGUUAAUAGCGCUAUCAAUCCAUUUAUCUAUGCAUUCUACAAUCCGGACUUUCGUACCGCAUUUUGGCGUUUGACAUGUCGACGUAUCUGCAAGAAACCACCGCCAAACCAUAUGGCCAUGUUCCGAGGUUGAAAUGCUCUUAGCUGUCAAGAGUAACUCAACAACUCAAAAUCAGUUCCGAUAUGAGUUUAAAGUUAAAAAUGUGUAAUCUGUAGGUCAAAAAUAUUUUAGUAAAUUAUCCUAAACAGACAAACGAAAAGACAUAUAUGUGAAUAAAAUUUUAAAUUCAAUUUUAAAUUGAUUUUCUCCAAGGCAAUGUCCAAUAUUUUGUGCUCCUGACAUCACAGCCAAAACUUAAAACUUCAAUUUAAAAAUUCGAUUUAAAAUGUUAAUAUUGACAUUUCAGGCAUAAGUAAAAAUUAAAUCAAUUUCAAUCGGUUGACAGCCAAUUUCGGCUUCCGCAGACGUGUUUGUGGCCCUGGGUCAACUGUGCACUUGCAGGAAAUUUGCAUAUUUUUAAUAUUUAAAGUUUAAAAUAUUAGUUGAAAUAUUCUUAAAAAAA